AACCCGGCCGCAACCCUCCCGAAGUCGAAAGCCCAAAUGCAUUCUCGAUUCCCUACGUUGUCGCUUUCAAAUUUCAGCAAAUUCAUGCAAGCAUACACCUGUCUGACAGCACAACAACAAGCACUACAUUCACCAGCUCUCAUCACAGCAAACUAUAAGUUUAGACUUCUUAUUAACCAAGUACACAAGAUAACAAGAUGAACUCUCUUUGGUCUUCUCCCAACGACAAUGAGGAAGAAGAGGAGAUUACUGUACCUGAUCCUAACUCGAUUCCUGCUGAUUCCGGAAUGGUUGAUGCUGCAGGUACGGCUUUUGAUCCUUUUCGAUCGCAGAUGCUGCUCUCCACUAGGACCUCUUUGGCUGCUCCUGAUGGUCCCGUGUACCCAGUUGACCUCCUGGCUGAAGCAGGUGCCAUGGAAGGCGGAGACAAGGAGAACGAUGAUGAUGACCCAGACGACGACCCAAAGAAUAAGAACGAUGAUGAUGAUGAUGCUUGGAGUGAGUCUCCCAGCAACUUUGACUUUUCCAUUUCCAGUAUGGAUAUUGAGCGCGGUAUCCGCAACAACGCCAUGCAGUAUGUGGCUUUUGAGGCCAUGUACAGCGCUGCCUAUGACAUGGUGUAUGGCGCCUGUACUUGGCCCAGGCUCCUUCUCAGCUACUGUCUAGGCAUGUUCGGCUUCUUGCGAAAGAAGAACAACGACGCUGAUGGACCGCUGCCACCUGAGGACAACAAUCACGUGCAAGACAUGGCUGUAGCAGCUUCCCAAUCAGCAGCCAUUGGAAUAGGAGCAGGAGUCAUGGCAAGUCAGUCGGCUGCUGCGGGAGCUGGGGCAUCAUCCAUGACAGCUGCCGUCUCGGCUCUUUCCACGCCUACCAAGAUUGGCAUCAUUGUGGCGGCGGCCAUCACAGUGGCUGCUACUACUGCGGGAAUUGCCGCAGGAAUCAGCAGUGGCAGCGACAACACUUUUGGCCCCUGCGCUGGUAGCAUUGAAGCCACUGAUGUCAAGCAAGGUGUCAUGCAAAUUGUCUUUUCUUCGUCAUACACAAGCAGUACUGUUGCCACACCUGCCACCGGUGAAUUGCUCUUAGAGAACAAAGAAGAAUUGGAAGAUACUUUUGCCCAAGUCUACAACAAUAUCACUGCCAAUUCCACCAAUGGUGCCCUCAUUGAUCAAUGCGAUAUUCCCCGUAUUCCACCUGGUGGUGUCCAACUUAUGCAGGUUGAGUCAUCUGAAGAGGACAAUUUCACCAAUACCUUUUGGGUUGCCGAUGUUCAGUGCAGUGGAUGCUCUGACACAGACCCACUUUUCGGAACCAACACAGAACCGAGUCCCCAACUUGAUCCUGGUACCGCUGUUGAUGAUUUUGUUGACCAGUUUACUCAAGCAAUCCAACCCAUUCUGACUACCAAAGAUCAAACACAAGAAACUGACCCAAUGACCAGCCCACCACAGUCAGAACAAGAAGAUGCGCCCAUAGACGUAUUGCUUGUGGCACUGGUGGAUCCCUCGACAGGAGAGAGACUCCCAGAACAGCCUCAACAGUUGGGACCUGGUGAUAUGAUUGAGCUGAUUCCGAGGUUAGACACAGUUUGGAAUGAAAACACAAGUGACUCAGAACUGGACAGACUAGUACCAGGUUCUCCUUCUUCAACUGUUGCAUCUGCUCCUACAGCCACUUCCAACACAGGGCCGCCUACUGCUAGAGAUGCCAAUCUUCCUACCAAAACUACCAGCACAGAGUCAAACGCAACAGUAGCUGCACCCACAAACGCCGGAAGCACAGAAGCAAGUUCCAACAACGAGCUGCCCAAUGUCCCAUCAGCUGUAGGAAGCCCUAGUGGAGUAUCCAAUCAGGGAGGAACUGGGCCAUCUGCUGUUUCUGGCCCAACCAGUUCUGUUGCCACCAACCACAUUGCUACCAAAAACCCAAGCGGAAAUGCUGGCACUUUUGCUCCAGCAGCAACAAGUCCCUCGUUCUCGAUGGCCAAUAAAGAUCAAGCCAAUGGCAACCAGCAGCAAGAACAAGGGCCAAGCUACGGACCAAACUCUAUAGCACCACCUACAGCAAGUAUCAAUCCCAUGUUGCCAUCCAUUGUGAAACCAGCGUCAACACCAGCCAAUGGCAAUGCAGCACCAAGUGUGGCUCAGUCAAUGGCUCCUUCUAAUGUGGACCAGACAAACACCCCACCUGAAGCUAGUGUGCCAGCAAUACCCAACCCCCCAGCCAUUCUCCCAACGGCUGGUGCUGUUCCUCAGGCUCCAUCACCAGCAGGCAUUGCCAGCGCGCCAUCUAGUAGCGGAGACCCAGUCAGCCCAAGUGCUGACAUGUCAGCAAAUUCACCAUCUCUGGGAGCACUUUCAAAUUUGGCUCCACCCACAAAAGUUACAUCCACAGUGGUGCCAACAAGAGAGAUGCUGUCACCAGAGACAUGUGCUGGGCAACCAUAA